AUGACUGGAGAUGUUGCGGUGGAGCGAGAGAUUGAGGGUGACCUUUUACUUGGUGACAUGGGUCAGGGUCUAGGAAUUUGUCCUGAAGUUAUGGAUGGGGCCAUCAAUAUAUCUGUUGUUCAGGCUCUUCAAACUGUUGGAAAUUCUCUUAACUUCAAUCCAAGCAAGGUGAUAAGUCUAGGUGACAUAAUUAAGUUCUCUUUGUCACCUUCAAAAACCAAGGAUAGCCUGUCAACCAACGUGUCUGGGGUGCCCCUUGAUGAUAGAAAUUUGAUUCAUCUUGAUAAAUGGGUGCCUACUGGGGCAGGGCUUGGCGGUGGAAGUAGCAAUGCUGCAACUGCACUAUGGGCAGCAAAUCAAUUUAGUGGUUGUCCUGCCUCUGAGAAAGAACUCCAAGAAUGGUCAAGUGAGAUUGGAUCAGAUAUUCCCUUCUUUUUCUCUCAGGGAGCAGCCUAUUACACUGGUCGAGGAGAGGUUGUUCAGAAUAUUCCUCCACCAGUAUCUCUAGAUGUUCCAAUGGUUCUCAUAAAGCCCCCAGAAGCAUGUUCAACUGCCGAAGUCUACAAGGUAUUUGACUUUUCGGAGUAG